AUUCUUUUCCAUUUCAUAAAGCUAUGGUUGCUUUUUAACAAUUAUGUUCUGAAGCAGCUGGUAACAAAAACGUCCAGAUUUCAUUAGUUUCAAUUUUAUUUUAUUUUUGUUUUUUCUGUCUGGAAAAAGAAAAAAGAGUUUUCUCCUUUCUUAUUUUUCUCUCUUUUGAUGAUUCUUAAGCAUAAAUUUUCUAACUUUAAGAAAGGAUAGACAAAAUGAGCAAUACUCAUCAGGAAGCUAUAAAGCAAUUUCUGUCUUUGAUGGGAAAUGUUGACGAGCAAUUGAACGACACAUUUCAGAACAUGCACCAUGGGUAUCCAACUGAAACUCUAGCGCGGUUUCUGAAAGCGAGAGAUUGGGAUGUUCAGAAAGCCUAUAAAAUGUUAAUUGAUUGCUUACAAUGGAGAAUACAGAAUGAGAUUGACAACAUAUUAUCAAAACCAAUUAUUCCCGCUGACUUAUAUAGAGCAGUGCGAGAUUCUCAGCUUGUAGGAUUAUCUGGUUACUCGAAAGAGGGUCUUCCUGUCAUAGCUAUCGGUGUUGGGCUUAGCACAUAUGAUAAAGCAUCUGUGAAUUACUAUGUACAGUCACACAUUCAAAUGAAUGAAUAUAGAGAUCGUGUAAUAUUGCCUGCGGCCACACAGAAGUAUGGAAAACAUAUUAGCACAUGUUUGAAGGUAUUAGAUAUGACUGGCUUGAAGCUUUCGGCAUUAAACCAAAUAAAGCUACUGACUACUAUAUCAACAAUUGAUGACUUAAAUUAUCCAGAGAAGACGGAGACAUAUUAUAUUGUCAAUGCACCAUACAUAUUUUCGGCAUGUUGGAAGGCUGUAAAACCUCUGUUGCAAGAAAGGACAAAGAGGAAAAUUCAGGUGCUUCAAGGUUGUGGAAGGGACGAGUUACUCAAAGUAAUGGAUUAUUCAUCCCUCCCACAUUUUUGUCGAAAAGAGGGUUCCGGAUCAUCACGGAACAGAAGCAAUGGAACCAUAGAUAAUUGUUUCUCAUUAGACCACUCCUACCAUCAACAACUUUACAAUUACAUAAGGCAUCAAGCUAAUCUUAUAGAGAGUGGUAGGCCAAUCAAACAGGGAUCAGUUCACGUAGAAUUUCCCGAGCCAGAUCCAGAAGAUACCAAGAUUGCAAAGACCAUCGAAUCUGAGUUUCAGAGGCUUGCAGACCAAAAUGGUAUUUGCAACUCCCUAAAUGGGCUUAAAGUAAAUGGUGACUAGAUCCUACGAUACUACUGAUUUCAUAAAUUGUUGCCAAUAUGUUACUUGAGAGUCGGCACUUAGACCGGAAAAGGUUAAAUCAACAUUAGAAUGAGAGGCCUUUUGGUCUUUCAAUUAUCAAAUGUAAUAGCAGAGCUUUCUUGCAUCAGGUUGAAUCCAAUGCUGUUUUAGAAGACAACGACUAAUUUGAUGUAACUCAAUAUGCCACCUUCUCAGGGUGGAUAAUGGCUCAUGAUUUUACCAAAUUUUCUGUAGGAUGCAUGGCAUUGCUUCUGGAAUAA